CUCUCCCUCUCUUACCUAUAAAUGAGAGGCAAAAGCCACCAAACCAGAAUGCAACCAAGACAAAGAAGCUCACUCCUCAAUGUACUAGCUCCUCCUUUCUCCUUCUUCUUCCUCCAAACAGACUGGAUUUCAUCAAGGACAUCAUCCUGAAACUGGAGCCAACAGGCACGCAAAGGAAGAAGAGCAAGAAGACCGGCUCCCAGCCGAUAAAAGGUAGGAGCGAGCAGCGUUAGUGCGCUGCCAUCGUAUCGCAGGGUCGGUCGAUAUGGUAACGGUGAGAGAAGAGACACGCAAGGGGCCGUGGACAGAGCAGGAGGACCUGCAACUGGUAUGCACUGUGCGUCUCUUCGGUGAACGUCGUUGGGAUUUCAUUGCCAAAGUAUCAGGACUCAACCGGACAGGCAAGAGCUGCCGCCUCCGGUGGGUCAACUACCUCCACCCCGGCCUCAAGCGUGGGCGCAUGUCUCCCCAUGAAGAGCGCCUCAUCCUCGAGCUUCAUGCUCGGUGGGGAAACAGGUGGUCCAGGAUAGCGCGGCGCCUGCCGGGGCGUACUGACAACGAGAUCAAGAACUACUGGAGGACUCACAUGAGGAAGAAAGCACAGGAGAGGAAGGGGAACAUGUCGCUGUCAUCGUCAUCGUCCUCGUCGUCUCUGACCUACCAAUCCUGCUACCCAGAUACGCCAUCCAUCAUUGGAACGGAGGGCCAGGAGCUUCAUGGUGGCAGUGGUUGCAUCACAAGCAUCCUCAAGGGCACCCCUCCGGACAUGGAUGGAUACCCCAUGGAUCAGAUAUGGAUGGAAAUUGAGGCACCAGAGGCGGGCUUCGAUGGAGGGAAGGAUCAUGCAUGCAGCAGCCUCUCCGGACCUCCGCCGCCAUGUACGGCGUGGGAUUACUAUUGCCCCCCAGAGGCCUGCUGGAAGAUGGACGACGAGAUCAAGAUGGCGCCGCAUUUUGGUUACAGUGAAGGAGUUGGCCCCUGUUUUUGAAGCUACAUAUAUUGGGUCAGAUUACUAAGUUGCAUAUCCACCUAGCACAAGUGAAGUGCUUUUGUAGAAACAAGCUUUAGUAUGGCUCUACGCAUGUUUCCUAUCAUCUAUCUAGUGUGCAAGACAAAGCAUAUGUCACUUUGUCCUUGACUUUAGGGUAUGAAAGGGCAAGGGUACUCUGUAUUCACCAUAUAAUCAGUUAUCUCCUGUGAGAAUUUCCUGUUUCAUGAAUAAAUGUAAUAUGGUUACAUGAUAUUAACUA